ACAGUGGACACAUUAUAAUCCAUUGUGCUUAGUCAUAUUAUCAUACAUUGUUAUUCAACAGUUUUCCAGGGUGGAAAUACCCUCUUUCCAGUUUUGUUGCAUCAGUGGGACGGAGCUUGGAGCAGGAACUCAGGGGACAGGAGGUCUUUUCCAUCUCCUACUCCUACAACACGUGCUUUACCAAUAGACAAUGCUGAGGAGACUCACAGCAUUGCAGGGUUUGGUUUCCAGCCUUUUUCUGAUACUCUGGUGUGGUCCAUCUGAUCUUUCAAUCAAUGGAAAAUGAUGUAGGAGUGACAACAUCUCAGGGACUCUGAGGAGGAUCUGAACUUUGACUCGGUGCCUCUCUUAACUCUUUUAAACUGGAGUUCAGUGUUAGAGUGAAGUGCUAUACUUGUGGGUUUAUUUGCCAAAAAAGAGAAAGGAAGUCAAAAAAAAAAAAAAAAAAAGGACGUUUAGUCAGAAGUAAGACCACGUCUUGGAGGGCAGUGCCGAUGCUGGGUGUCAGGGAUGUAACUCUGCACCGGGAUGGGGAGGAGAAGGGGUUGGGAGGAGGGAAAUACCAGAGGAACUCAGUGGGUGAAUGAAAAAAGCUAGGAGCAAGACAUAAACAAUAAUGUGGAUACUGGUCUGGGGAUUAUUAAUCUUCAGACAAAGUCAUGGAUCUAGCUGUUGUCUGGACUCUGUAAUAGGAGAGAAAUGGAUCUACACGUGUCAGAUAAUUCUGACAGUCCAGCCGACAUGGACCGCAUGAGCAGGAAUAAAGUGGAAAAGGGGCGACAGAUGCACCAGGUCUUACAGAGCACCCCUUUAGACCUGAUUGAGACAGGCAAGUCCCUGAAAGUCCAGGCAGAGCGCCCCCACCUGGUUAGUUUGGGAAGUGGACGUCUGAGUACAGCCAUCACUUUGCUACCACUGCUGGAAGGGAGAACCACACUGGGCAGUGAGGGGACAGAUAUCCCCCUGCAGGGCCCCGGCGUCGCAGCACAGCAUUGCUACAUUGAAAACCAGGCAGGCAUUAUCACCUUGUACCCAUGUGGAAACCAGUGCUCUGUAGAUGGCCUUCCCAUCUCCGAACCCUAUCACCUGACACAAGGGUGCAUGCUAUGUUUUGGUCAUUCGGCCUUUUUUCGCUUCAACCAUCCAGAGGAGGCACUGAGGAUGAAGAGCAUGCUGCCUGGAGGAAGCCAAGGACUAAGCACCACAAAAACUCUUCCUAAAGACUCUCAUAGUGUCCUUAACGGGAAUCAACAGUCUUUUUCAAGCAACGGCGACUCCAAAAUCAACAACAUUACAAAGGACCUCCAGGACUCCUUGGUCCUGAAGGUCUCACCAUCAUCAGGAUCUGGUAAACAGCCUGUUCCUCAGCCCUCUCUUCCAAACAUGCUCAAUGGAAGAAACAGCUCCACGACAGAAGACUCCAUUUAUGAAAACAGCAGCAGCAGCUCUAGGGGCCUGAACCUUGGCGACAAAACCCCUCCAGUACCUGCCCGGUCCACUCAUACCAACCACAAUCCCGUACCCAAUCCACGGACCUCAUUGUCUCUUGCCUCAAGCAGUGCUACUGGUGUUCAAAGGACCCAAGAGAGCUCAAAGUUUCUUAGCAAUGUAAGGUCAAGCCCUACAGUGCCUAGCACGGGGUCAGGACAGGACACAGAAAACUCUAGCCUAACUCACAAAUCAUCGUCUGUCAAAUUUUCCCCAACGGCUCCUUCCAGCCCUCGAGUAAGAGGUUCCUCCCUACAGAAGAGAUCCCCCAGCCCCAUGCGAGAGCAGGGUCAGUAUCUCUCCCAUGUAGACGUCCCUCAAAGGCUCAGGACUCCGGAGCCAACUGGGCCGACCAGCCUGAGAGAACUUCCUCCUCUCAGCCCUUACAUGUCCCGCAGAGGGACUCCAGGAUCGCAGGGCUUGACUUCCUCCAUCGCCUCACAAGGCUUCCCUGCUAAACCUGUCCCCGAGAGCCCACAGGGCCACCGCAAACUCACAACAAAAGCAGAAGCCAUGAGGGCACUGUAUGCCCAGAGUCCAUCACCACUCUCUGGGCUGGAGAAGGAGCCUGGAAGCAGGCAGUUAAGGCCUGGCCCAGGAAGUGCCAUCAUGUCAGGUCUGGGUUCUUUGUCUGGUACGUCUCCUCUUACUAGCCCUCGUAGCCAAAGAAAAACCUCCUGUGUGACUGUGACAGGAUCCUCCAGCAAGGAACAGAGUCUUAUGAAACCGUAUACCCGGGAACGCAAGAACAGCAUCUCUGAGAUCAGUGACAAUGAGGACGAGUUGCUGGAAUACCAUCGCUGGCAGAGAGAGGAGAGGCUGCGUGAGCAGGAAAUGGAGAAACUGGAGCGACAGAGGCUGGAGACCAUCCUCAAUCUGUGUGCAGGGUAUAAUCAUGAGGACAGUGCUGUGGAGCUGGCUGAGGUGGUGACAAGCGGGCUGCUGGGGGGCGCUGCAGGAACCUGCUCUGACACGGGACGGGGGAUGUCCCUUCAGCGAGUAGACAGACCCGUGAGGAUGAGAGAGAAUGAUGAGGAAACCCAGAGAGAGGAGUCCAGCAGCACAGAGAGCACACAUCAAGAGUGUGAAGAGCUGUUAGCCAGUCAGGAGCAGGUCUACCUGGAGGAGGAGAGGAGCAGGGUCUUGGUCAGGGUUGAGGACUUGAAGCACAGAGUCAGUGAACUGGAGCAGCAGCUACAAGAGACCAAACAGGAGGCGGAGAUGGAGCAAGCCCUGCUGCAGGCAGAGAGGCGGGCAGAGCAGGAGCAGGUGGAGGCUGAAAAUGAAAUCAUCUCUCAGCUGCAGCUCAAACUCAGCCAGCUGGACAAUGCCAUCCUGAAAGAGAAGGACAAGGGCAGGGCUAAUGUGUCGGCUGAGCGGAAGGUCCUGGAAAAGCAGAGGAAUGAGUACAAUGAGCUGAAGAGGCAGUUUGAUAAGUGCCCCUUGUCUCUAAGGGAACAGUUACAGGAGCAGCUCAGCAGGAAAGCUGAAGCUCUGGAGUCAGGGACCAAGCAGUUUGAGGAGCUGGAGUUCUGCCAGCUGGAGGAGGAGAGCAGUUUGGAGGAGAAGAAGGAGACUCAGAGCUCGCAGCUUCUCCAAGAGCGAGCCGAGUAUCAGUGCAGCUUGGCCAAGAGAAAGGAGAAGAUGUCCGCUCUGGAAGCUCAGGUGAAGCAGCUGGGGUUACAGGCAGCUCAAGACUGUGAGAGGAUGGCUAAAGACAGGACAGUGGCUCUGCAGCUGUUACACAAGGAGCAAGACCGGUUGUGUGCGCUGGAGAAGAGGUACCACACCUUGACAGGCGAGAGAAAUUUCCCCAAGCCCAACAGCAACAUGAAAGAGGAACUGCUUCACAUCAGCGAACCUGACCUUGUUUAUGUGGACGAUCCUCCUGAUAGCCCCUGUCCCUCCUCUGCCUCCUUCUCCUCCUCUCACAUCCCCUCCCCUGAACUCUAUCCUGUUAGGCUACAAGAGGAGUACCUCAGGCUGUCUGAUGUCUAUAAGAUGUAUGGAGGUGCUUCUACGCAGCCUCAAUCUUCUUCCCCUGCUGCUCUCCACUGCCUCUCCCUCGCUGUAGCUCCAGCUCUGCCAUGUGAGGAGUACAUCACAGUCAGUCAGUUAAGCCAGAUCUUUGGGAUGCAGAGACUGGAUUCCUCCUCUUCCGCCACUAUUCCAUCAUUCCAACUUGCCUCCUCUGAAUCUGCCUUCUCAUGCCGCUCAGCUGCAAUUGGUCCUUCCUCCUUUCUCUCUGCACAGAGCCAGCCUGAGCUGAGCAGGAAUGCAAUGCCUCCUCUUAACCUCGAGCGCUGGUACCAGGACAUCAUGGCUGCUGGAGAGCCUCAGUCAUGUCCUCCACCACUGCCUGCAAAGUCUUUUUCCGCACGCAGACGUGGGCAGCUACUGAAGUCCAAAUCGGACGGCGAGGUCGGACAGGCAGCGCCAUGCGCCCAUGCCAGCAGCGCCGCAGCCCUGCCACACGCCGGUGGUGCUGCUCAUGAGAAACACGCGGGCACCAAAGGGUUACAGUUGGCGCUGAGAGAGAUGUCAACCCCGUUAGACGCGGACUCCAGGAGGCAGCUGGCUGCGCAGGGCAAAGACGUGUCUCCCACCGUCCAUCACUCCAUCCUGCAUCAUCAGUCGCCGCCGAGCGGGAACCCGGCGUACGACACCCUGAGCCUGGAGAGCUCAGACAGCAUGGAGACCAGCGUCUCCACUGGCAACUCCGCAUGUACCCCGGAAAGUGUCUGUGGGUUAGAGGCCCAGCGGAUAGAAGAGAUGGAGAAGAUGCUGAAGGAGGCGCAGCAGGAGAAAGCCAGACUGAUUGAGAACCGAGAGAGAGAGGUGCAGGCUCGGCGGCAGAUGUUGGAGGAGGAGAGGAGGAGGCGAGAGGAGGCCGAGAGGAGGCUUCAGGAUGAGACGGCCCACAGGCAGAGGCUGGUGGAGGAGGAGGUGAAGAUGAGAGAGAAACACUUCUCCCAGGCCCGUCCAAUGACACGCUACCUGCCCAACCGUAAGGAGGAAUUUGACCUUCGUGCCCACGUGGAGUCAUCCGGCCACAGCAUAGAUACCUGCCCCUACGUCAUCCUCACAGAAAAGAUGUGCAAGGGUCAUCUGGUGAAGAUGGGUGGCAAAAUCAAAUCGUGGAAGAAACGCUGGUUCGUUUUUGACCGUCUCAAGAGGAACUUCUGUUAUUACGCGGACAAGCAUGAGACCAAGCUGAAAGGGCUCAUUUACUUUCAGGCGAUUGAAGAGGUUUAUUAUGAUCAUCUACGUAGUGCUACCAAGAGCCCCAACCCGUCUUUGACCUUCUGUGUGAAAACCCAUGACCGGCUCUACUACAUGGUGGCCCCGUCCCCGGAGGCCAUGAGGAUCUGGAUGGAUGUCAUAGUAACAGGUGCUGAGGGCUACACACAGUUCAUGAGCUGAGGGACCACUGGGUGACAGAAUUGGAGGAUGAGGGGGACUGAGCGAGCACCCAGACACCUGAAAGCCAACCUGAGCUGCUCCCUGCUGGAGCUGGAGCUCAAACUGAUGAUGUGUAACGGAUGGACAUCUGAAGAGAUGAAUAAUCUGGUGCUGUCAUAAAAAGCCUGACGCCUUCGAGCAUAUGAGGGCUUAGUCACGACAGAGGUGCAGUUUUGAAGGAAUUUAAGAGCUGCAUUUAAGAAGAAAAAUAGUUUGAGCAACCUGCCAUUGGAUCUAUGAAGGGAGCAUUAUAGAGACAACACCACAUCAAACACAUUCUGUUACCAAAAUGUACUGUCAAUAAUUACGAUAUCAUUUUUGAGGUUUCAGGAGGAACACUCCGAAGAUUUCUUACUUCAUAUAAGCUCAAAUUGUUUACGCCUCUGAAGCCGAUCUAUGCAUGCAGUGUUAUCACUCUAACUGAUGCCUUUUUUCCCUUUUUGAUACAUUUGUACUUUUCCUUUGAGUUUGUUAACCUUUCUCAGAUUAAAAAAAGAGUCUUUUAAUAUUUCAAAACAAUAUAAAGUAAACCAGUUUUAGUAGCAAAUAUUCUCAAAUAUUUUAAAAGAGUCAUAUACUGUAUUACACAGUAUUGGUGCCAAAUACUUUAUGUAAUGUUUUGCAGAUUUUUACAAUACAAUGUUAAUAACUCUCUAUACAGCAUAUUGUUCCAAGGGCUUUUCAUUCAGAUAAAUAACGCAGUAUUAAUGUGUCUGUAUUUUACAUCAAAGAAAACCUUCUAUUAGCAUUUUAGCAAAAUUCAUAAAUUAUAAUCCUAUAAUGAUAUUGUAAAACUACCAUGUAUAUCGAAUAAAAAAUAAAUACGAUACGAUGCAUCUGAUGGUUUGUUUGUCUGAUAAACUAAUUUGUUGCUGACAAAUUGGCUAAACUGAACACAUUCAGUUACAAACAAGUUCUAGCUUCCUUAAUUGGUGUUUCUCACAAACAAGUCAUUAAUUACCCGCUUUCUUUAA